AUGCCUUCUGACCAUAGGCUCACAGAUAGAAAGCAUUCUGAUGUCAAGAAAAGCAAGGUUCACUUGACAUAUGCAUUCACUGUAAAUGCCAAUAGCUCUGAUAAGAAAAAAGCUUUCAUUAUUGAAAAAGCCCAUAAACCUCAUUCCUUUCAAAAAGAGUCAAGCAUACAGCUAGGCUUUUACUACUGCAGUAAUUCAAAAGCCUGGAUGACAGUCUCUCUCUGUCAGGAAUGGAUACUGCAAUAG